AUGUUAGGACGGGUUCCUGCUGUGGUCAAACCUUCAUCAGCAAAACUUCCUUUGUCACAUGCAUUUAAAGCAGUGCGGAGUAAUAGCUCGGUCCAGCUCUUCAGGACACCUUCCCAGCGACCUGUUUCUUCCUCGUUCUCGCUGAUUUCGCGAAAGACCUCCUAUCGAACUCCCGCCACCUACCGGUCGUUCAGUACCACUGCAAGAAUGGCUACCUCUACGAGAACGGAGACGGACGCUUUCGGGCCUAUUGAGGUCCCUUCAGACAAAUACUGGGGUGCGCAGACGCAAAGAUCUCUAGGGAACUUCAAGAUCAAUCAGCCUCAGGAUCGAAUGCCGGAAGGAGUCGUACGAGCUUUUGGCAUUCUCAAGGGUGCCGCUGCCACGGUGAAUAUGCGAUAUGGCUUGGAUCCAAAGAUUGGCGAGGCCAUCCAACAGGCGGCCGCUGAAGUCGCUUCUUUGCAAUUGAUCGACCAUUUCCCUUUGGUGGUUUGGCAAACCGGUUCCGGAACCCAAUCCAACAUGAAUGCCAACGAGGUCAUUUCAAACCGUGCCAUUGAAAUCCUUGGAGGACAAAUGGGGAGCAAGAAACCCGUUCAUCCGAACGAUCACGUCAACAUGUCUGCCAGUUCCAACGAUUCAUUCCCUACAGUCAUGCAUAUUGCGGCUGUCCUGGAUUUCGAAGAGAGGCUGGUCCCUGCGCUCACGAAUUUGAGGGAUGCUCUGCAGAAGAAAGCGGACGCCUUUGAUAAAAUCAUCAAAAUUGGCAGAACCCAUUUGCAGGAUGCAACUCCACUGACACUGGGUCAGGAGUUUAGCGGAUACGUUGCCCAACUCGAUCGAAACCUUGAACGAAUUCGGCUGGUUCUUCCACAUCUCCGACAAUUGGCUCAGGGUGGUACCGCUGUCGGCACUGGUUUGAACACCUUCAAGGGAUUUGCUGAGGGAAUUGCUGAAGAGGUCACAAAGAUGACCGGCAUCAAGUUUGAAACGGCUCCAAAUAAAUUUGAGGUUCUGGCUGCUCACGAUAGCAUCGUCGAGGCUUCGGGAACUUUGAACACCCUCGCUUGUAGUCUGUUCAAGAUUGCCCAGGAUAUCAGAUACCUUGGAUCUGGACCUCGUUGUGGCCUGGGAGAGUUGAUCCUCCCUGAGAAUGAACCCGGCAGCAGUAUUAUGCCUGGAAAAGUCAAUCCAACUCAAUGUGAGGCUCUCACCAUGGUUGCCGCUCAAGUUAUUGGGAACCACACCGCCGCCACCGUGGGGGGUCUGAGUGGACAAUUCGAAUUGAACGUCUUCAAGCCUCUCAUGAUCCGAAAUUUGCUUCACAGCAGCAGAAUUUUGUCCGACGCUAUGAAUGGCUUUGUUGAGCAUUUGGUCACCGAUCUGAAAGCUGAUGAGAAGAGAAUCGGUACUCUUCUGCAUGAAAGUUUGAUGCUUGUCACUUGUCUCAACCCCGUUAUUGGCUACGAUAUGGCUUCGAAGGUUGCCAAAAAUGCUCACAAGAAAGGUUUGACGCUGAAACAGUCGGCUAUGGAAUUGAAAGCUUUGUCGGAAGAAGAUUUUGAUAAAUAUGUUCGUCCCGAGCUCAUGUUGGCUCCGAAGGAGAAGAAAUAA